UCGCGACAAUGGUUAUUUUCUACAAAUCAUAAGGAUAUUGGAACAUUAUAUUUUAUUUUUGGAGCCUGAGCAGGAAUAGUAGGAACUUCUUUAAGAAUUCUUAUUCGUACUGAAUUAAGUCAUCCUGGAGCUUUUAUUGGAGAUGAUCAAAUUUAUAAUGUUAUUGUAACAGCUCAUGCAUUUAUUAUAAUUUUUUUUAUAGUAAUACCUAUUAUAAUUGGAGGAUUUGGAAAUUGAUUAGUACCUCUUAUAUUAGGAGCCCCCGAUAUAGCAUUCCCUCGAAUAAAUAAUAUAAGAUUUUGAAUAUUACCUCCUUCAUUAACUUUAUUAAUUUCUAGAAGUAUAGUAGAAAAUGGAGCAGGAACUGGAUGAACUGUUUAUCCUCCUUUAUCUUCUGGAAUUGCUCACGCAGGAGCUUCUGUAGAUUUAGCUAUUUUUUCUUUACAUUUAGCAGGAAUUUCUUCUAUUUUAGGAGCUGUUAAUUUUAUUACUACUGUAAUUAAUAUACGAUCACCAGGAAUUACAUUAGAUCGAAUACCUUUAUUUGUUUGAUCUGUUGUAAUUACAGCAAUUUUAUUAUUACUAUCAUUACCUGUAUUAGCUGGAGCUAUUACUAUAUUAUUAACAGAUCGAAAUUUAAAUACUUCAUUUUUUGAUCCUGCUGGUGGGGGAGACCCAAUUUUAUAUCAACAUUUAUUUUGAUUUUUUGGUCAUCCUGAAGUUUAUAUUUUAAUUUUACCUGGAUUUGGAAUAAUUUCUCAUAUUAUUACUCAAGAAAGAGGUAAAAAGGAAACAUUUGGAAAUUUAGGAAUAAUUUAUGCUAUAUUAGCAAUUGGGUUAUUAGGAUUUAUUGUUUGAGCUCAUCAUAUAUUUACAGUAGGAAUAGACGUAGAUACACGAGCUUAUUUUACUUCAGCUACAAUAAUUAUUGCUGUUCCUACAGGAAUUAAAAUUUUUAGUUGAUUAGCUACAUUACAUGGAACACAAUUGACUUAUAGACCUGCUAUACUUUGAUCUUUUGGGUUUGUUUUUUUAUUUACAGUAGGAGGAUUAACUGGAGUAGUUUUAGCUAAUUCAUCAAUUGAUAUUGUUCUUCACGAUACAUAUUAUGUUGUUGCCCAUUUUCAUUAUGUAUUAUCUAUAGGGGCUGUAUUUGCUAUUAUAGCAGGAUUUAUUCAUUGAUACCCUUUAUUAACAGGAUUAACUAUAAAUCCUACAUGAUUAAAAAUUCAAUUUUCAAUUAUAUUUGUUGGAGUAAAUUUAACAUUCUUUCCACAACAUUUUUUAGGAUUAGCAGGAAUACCUCGUCGUUAUUCUGAUUUCCCUGAUAGUUACUUAACAUGAAAUAUUAUUUCUUCAUUAGGAAGAACUAUUUCAUUAUUUGGUAUUUUAUACUUCUUAUUUAUUAUUUGAGAAAGUAUAAUUACUCAACGUACACCAUCAUUUCCAAUACAAUUAUCUUCAUCAAUUGAAUGAUAUCAUCCACUUCCCCCAGCAGAACAUACUUAUGCUGAAUUACCUUUAUUAACUAAUAAUU